AUGGAUAAUCCAGAAUCGCUUUUUUCACGGGUCUUUAAAGGACGUUAUUACCGGAAUGCCACUCCUUUGGACCCCAUCAAAUCCUACUCUCCUUCCUAUGGGUGGCAGAGUAUUGUAUCGGCUCGACCUCUGGUUAACAAAGGGCUUAUCAAAAGAGUUGGUUCGGGAUCGUCUAUCUCAGUUUGGGAUGAUCCUUGGAUUCCAGCAUCUCGCCCGAGGUCAGCAAAAGGAAACGGGAUACAUUUUUACCCGCACCUCGCGUGCGGGAUAUUAUGA